GCCUUGAAAUUGCGCGUGCGCUCGUGUGCGUGUGUGGAGUGGAUGAGGAAGAAGGGAAGGGGAGGUCGUAAAGGUAAACGCCCACUUUAAGAAGGCGGAAGAUGGAGAUUUGUGUUCGCCUGCUGCCGUAAACUGGAAACCUAUUUGGUCUGAGCUCCAUAUUUCGGUGGCACAUCUGCAGUCAUGAUAGGCUGCAGUGAACUACUGCAGCGGCGGCGGCUGUGAGGAGACUCUCCCCCCGGCAUGCAGACAUGGAGCGCUCGGUAAACAGCUGUUGGAAACGUCGAGCCGACAUGUGUUGAUCCGUCGAACUAUGGCGAACUGUUGAAAGGUGUCUCUGCUGCCAUGGAGGUGGGUAGUCUCCCCGUGGAGCUGUGGAGGGUUAUCUUGGCUUACCUCCCCCUCCCUGACUUGGGCCGCUGUUGCCAGGUGUGCCGUGCCUGGAGGGAGCUCAUCUUCUCACUUGAUAACACCCGCUGGAGGCAGCUAUGCCUGGGCUGUCCCGAGUGCCGGCAUCCCAACUGGCCCAGUCAGCCCCACCUGGAGCCCCCGUCCUGGAGGGAGGCCCUGAAACAGCACGCUCUCGCCACCCGAACCUGGACCAGAAACGGACAGGAGCUCCAGUCUUCCGCCUGCCUGCUCUUUUUCCGCAGACGAAAGGAUCGCAGGAUUUGGCAUGUGGGCCCUGGGUGUGAGUUUGAGACCCUUCGAGGGGCUCUUGGUGUGGUGGGGCCCUACGACCGUGUGGUCCUCCAUCCAGGGGUGUAUGAAGAGCAGGCGGAAGUGGCCCUGAAAGUGCCUGUGGAGCUGGUCGGUGUGGGGCGACUGGGUGAAGUGGCCCUCCUGGUUUGCAUUGAGCAGCAGUGCCCGACUGCCAGGCUGUGUAACCUGGUGUUUAUGCCACCCUGGUUCUCCACUGUUGUCUACAAGACAUCAUGGGGUCAUGUUCAACUCGAUAACUGCAAUUUUGAGGGAGCCCAGCUGCAAAUCCGUGGUCCUGGGACGUGCCAGGCUCGAUUUUGCUCCUUCUCCCAGGGUAGCUCUGCCCACUUGCUGGGUGUUGUCCUAAGUUUGUUGGACAGCUGUGAUUUCUCUGGAAGUGACACGGCUUCUGUGACUGUGGAGGGUCCUCCGGCAUCAGAAAGGAACUGGGCUUGCAAACACUUGGCUGCUCUGGCUAGGUCAUUCCCGUCUCAGUACAGCAGCACUCCCAGAGGUCAUGAAGGCAGCUCCAACAACAAGCCUGAACCUCCUGGUGGUAAUGUAAAAAAGGAGAACAUAAGCAUGGAGGACUGGAAGAGACGGACUGGUGGAGAUGCAGUGUGUCGGGGCACAGUUAUUGAAGAUCCCUGGAGUGACGGUGAGCACAGCGAUGGGGAGGAGAACCAGGAAGGAACUGACAACACCAAGAAGCUCUUUACGCUGGAUUACAAAAUCCUUUAUGACCACCAUGGGCUAUCCCAUUUACUGAAGCCUCGGGCGGAUGGCUCUCUGCCUCUUGCCUCCUCACCCGACCCUCCAUCUGUGACCCCUGAACCUCUCACCCUGCAGCAGGAGCUAGACAGGGACCCUGAGGCUCAGAUGCUGGCAUCAUCGAUCCUCGGCUGCAUCGUGAGGCGCUGCGUGUUUAGGGACGGGAAGGGCGGUGUACAUCUGUCAAACUAUGGACAAGCUCGACUGGAGGAAAACUUAUUCCGCAGCCUCAACUACGCCGUCCGGUGCAUCCAGCAUUCCACAAUUGUGAUGCUAAGAAACGAGGUGUGCGAGUGCCGUGCUUCCGGUGUGUUUCUGCGCCUUUCUGCUCAGGGCCUCAUCGCAGAAAACAACAUCCACUCGAACGGGGAGGCUGGGCUAGACAUCCGAAAGGGAGCUAACCCCAUCAUUCUGUGCAAUAAGAUACACAGCGGUUUACGUUCUGGUGUUGUUGUUCUUGGCAAUGGGAAAGGUUCAGUUCGGAGCAACCUGAUCUAUAAUAACAAAGAAGCCGGUGUGUACAUUCUUUUCAGCGGGAAUCCAGUGGUGAGUGGAAAUUGCAUCUUCCAAGGCCAGGCAGCAGGAAUUGCUAUAAACGAGAAUGGCAGAGGGCUGAUAACAGAAAAUGUGAUAAGAGAGAACCAGUGGGGAGGAGUUGACAUCCGCAGAGGAGGUGACCCAAUACUGAAGAACAACUACAUCUGUUUUGGCUACUCCGACGGCGUGGUGGUGGGAGAGAGAGGGCGUGGACUUAUUGAGGGAAAUCAUGUAUAUUGUAAUAAAGGUUGUGGCGUGUGGGUUAUGUCCUCCAGCCUCCCCCAGCUUUUGGGGAACUACAUCAUUCAUAACUGCAUGUACGGACUGGCGGUGUUCUGCAGGAAGGAUCCGGACAACAUUGAAGCCAGGGAGGGGAACUGGCCUGGUCAGGAAGGGAUGGGUGGAGAUGUGGGCAAUGCGGAAAGGAGAGGAGUUGAAGGAGAGGCCAGGGAAGGGCAGGAGAACUUCAAUGAAGAGGGGGAACUGUUCGCUUGGGAGAGUGAUCUGGACAGCGAGGAUGAGCGGCACUCUGCUCGGCGCUCUAUCAGUGUGGCGCUAAUGGAGGGCAACUGUGUGAGCUACAAUGGAGCGGUUGGCCUGUAUGUGAAGAGCAGCGAGGCCCUGAAUGUUUUUGCAAACCUUAUGAACAGAAACUGCGGCCCGGGCGUUGCUGUGCUGCAGAGCACCCAGCUGACCCGGCUCGUCACUAACUGCAUUGUCGAAAAUGACCGGGGUGGCGUAACAGUGGAGAAGGACUGCAGAGUGGAGCUCCGCGGUAACGGCAUCUAUGAAAACAGUGGCCACGGUGUCAGGUUUAGUGGCAGCGGUCAGAUAGUGGAGAAUGAUGUGGUCAGUAACUGUGGAUACGGCAUCCAGGUUUCUGCAAGCACCGAUAUUAAGGUGGUUCGUAAUCGUGUCCAACCAGCACAGGGUUGUGGUAUUGCACUGCUGGGCCCAGUAAAAGGUGUUGUCCAUGACAACAUCCUGUUUCAGGGUCAUCCAGAAAACAAGAAACCACUCCUACACACAGAUCCUGGAAAUGAAACCUGCGUGUUGCGUAACAACAGUAUUCUAAGGUUUAAUAGCAGUGGUGCAUCUUCCCCACCAUGGGUUCUAGAAAACCCACCCCCUCGCCCUCUGGCCAGCUCCCCUACAGGGCUCUCAUCCUCCCAGUAUCCUUCGCGGCUUGGGAUUUCUAUGACGACCAGAGUUGGCACUGCCGUAGAAAGCGGAUGUCACAGCGGCAGCAUGUUCUGCUCCAUCCUGUGAAUUAACGGCCAAGCAUGCAAAAACUGAAGUGUGUUGCUAUGAGGUCCCAAACUGGUCACUUUUUACCUGCUGAUAAUCCAAAAGACGUACUGGCUUUUUCUUCCAGGAUUCAUGAGAUCACCUUUGGCUCUGUAUGUAAAUGUGAUGGGGUUUUUUUUAUAAAUUAGGGGAAAUUUUACAAUAAAAUGCCUGCACACAAGAAUUGAACAAAAACUCAUCCAAAUAUCAACUGCAUGUUUCACUGAAGCUUUAUUUUAAUGGUUUUUACACCACAGACAUUUUAUCAUCAUUCUGCUUUUAAUAGUUUCUGUUAAGGAUGUGCUCUUCAAUAGAUCCCAGCAGCAGGGGAAGGCUUUAGAAAUAACUCAUCUGGUACAAAUCUGUGCCUUUUUUGAUAUUUAAAAAAAAAAUCUACAAUUGUAGCAGGGGGGUUUGGAAAGAUGAUCGUAUGAAGUGAAUAUGCAACAACAAGCCAAAAUUAAGCUUCUGCCUCUUGCACAGUGUGUUGUUUUAAGGUGAGUUUCUGGCUUCAAUGCCAACACUCAUUUUCUUGCAACCAAACAGAAAUAUGGCUAUGGAAAUAUGUGCAAUAUGGCUACGUUCACACUGCAGUCUGAAGUGACCCAAUUCCGAUUUUUUUUUUUUUUUUUUUCCCCCCUUAAUGUGACCUAUGUCUGGGUCACAUUAAGGAAAAAAACUUGAGUUGGGUCACUUCAAGCAGCAAUGUGAAUAUAGCCUAAGUGAACUCUACAAAUGUGCCUAUAGAGUAAAGCUGGAUGUUAGGUAAUCUAGAGGUUGUUUACAGCUUGUUAGUUUUUACAUCCUCAACAGUAAUCGUAAAAAAUAAGGUUUCAAAGUGUCCUCUUUUCUCUUUUGUCUACAAAACAUAAUAAACGGCUCUUCUUUGUGAUGUUUCCAUU